CUCACCACAAACUUAAGUUGUGAGUUGAAGUUUAGAAGAACAAAGCUUCCCACCUAGCUAGGCCUUUCUAUUGUAGCACUCAAGUUUCUUUCUUCGUGGAACUUAAGAAAAUGAAGGAAAAAAUGAGUUGGACAGUUGCAGACGCCGUGGACUAUAAAGGCUUCCCUGCAGACAGGUCCAAAACAGGUGGUUGGGUACCCGCAGCUCUUAUUUUAGGGAUUGAAAUCGUGGAGAGGCUCUCCACCAUGGGGAUUGCAGUGAACCUGGUAACAUACAUGAUCUCAAUCAUGCAUCUGCCAAGCUCAACUGCAGCCAACACUGUGACUGACUUUAUGGGCACAUCAUUUCUCCUGUGUUUGCUGGGAGGUUUUCUAGCAGAUUCCUUCCUUGGCAGAUACAAGACAAUUGGAAUCUUUGCUUCAAUACAAACACUGGGUACUGCUACAUUAGCAAUCUCAACAAAAUUGCCAGGGCUACGUCCACCACCUUGCCAUGCUAACAGUGACAGCUGCAAACAAGCCAACGGAUUCCAAAUGGGAAUCUUGUACUUGUCACUGUACCUUAUUGCACUAGGAACUGGUGGCCUCAAGUCCAGUGUUUCAGGAUUUGGUUCUGACCAAUUCGAUGAGAAAGAUGAGAAGGAGAAAUCGCAAAUGGCCUAUUUUUUCAACAGGUUUUUCUUCUUCAUCAGUUUUGGAACUCUGGCAGCUGUCACAGUACUUGUCUAUCUGCAAGAUGAAGUGAGUCGCAGCUUGGCGUAUGGAAUAUGUUCUGUCUCUAUGAUCAUAGCCAUUAUCGUGUUCUUAUCAGGAACUAAAAGAUACAGAUACAAGAGGAGUUUGGGGAGCCCCAUUGUCCACAUUUUCCAAGUUAUUGCUGCAUCAAUAAAGAAAAGAAAGAUGCAACUCCCAUACAAUGUUGGUUCUUUGUAUGAGGACACUCCCGAGGCUUCAAGAAUAGAGCACACCGAACAGUUCCGUUUCUUGGAGAAAGCAGCCAUUGUGGCAGAAGAUGAUUUUGAGACAAAUUUAUGUGGUUCUGGACCAAACCCAUGGAAAUUAUGCUCACUAACAAGGGUAGAGGAGGUGAAAAUGAUGGUGAGACUUCUGCCAGUGUGGGCCACAACCAUCAUAUUUUGGACCAUUUACGCACAGUUGAUCACCUUUUCAGUUGAGCAAGCCUCCACCAUGGAAAGGAAUAUUGGGAGUUUCCAAAUCCCUGCAGGCUCUGUCACAGUCUUUUUUGUGGCUGCAAUACUAAUCACUCUGGCUGUCUAUGACCGACUCAUCAUGCCCCUUUGGAAAAAGUGGAACGGCAAACCAGGUUUCACUGACCUACAAAGGAUAGCAAUUGGGCUUGUAUUUUCCAUUUUUGGAAUGGCGGCUGCUUCUGUAUGCGAGAGGAAACGGUUAUCCGUCGCAAAAAGUGUUAGUGGCGGCAACCAAGCAACAACAACACUUCCUAUAAGCGUUUUCCUUCUGAUCCCACAGUUCUUCUUGGUGGGUUCUGGUGAAGCAUUCAUAUACACAGGCCAACUUGAUUUCUUCAUAACACGGUCACCAAAAGGAAUGAAAACCAUGAGCACUGGUCUCUUUCUCACAACUUUGUCUCUCGGUUUCUUCUUCAGCAGUUUCCUUGUCUCGGUUGUUAAGAAAGUUACUGGGACAAGAGAUGGGCAAGGGUGGCUAGCAGACAGCAUAAACAAGGGCAGGCUCGAUUUGUUCUAUGCACUGCUUACCAUACUUAGUUUCGUUAACUUUGUAGCAUUUGCGGUAUGUGCAGUUUGGUUCAAACCUAAGAAACCUAAACAACCAGCUGCUAUGCAAAUGGGGCCAGUUAAUGGGUCCACAGCAGAGGAAAAGUGCUGAAGGCUGAAUAGUUUUUAGGAUUUGGGGAUUAUAUAUAUAGUUUUUAUACCCAUUAUUAAUGCUAUCAUAUGGUUUUGCUGCUUUGUAGAUAGGCUGUUAUGUGUAUGCAUCCGAAGAAUGGAUUGAUUUUGUUUUUCUCUUCCUGAUAUUAUAGAAUAAUGUUUGGGUUGGCAUCUUUGUACGCAUAAUUAAGCGUGUAACAUAGUUUCUGGUCUGUUACACUUUUCUCAAUCA